UCUAGCCGCCAGUGGCCAGUCUCAAUGUUUAGGCCACCUACUACCAUUCUCACUGGAAAGUAAUAUUUUUCAAUACAUGAGAAAGAUAUUUAACGCCCAACUCUGUAAGCCAUAUGUACCACCCACUUCAACACUUCCUUUACUCAGAGAUGGAGCAGUGCUCAAUUCCUCCUCCUCCUCCUCAUGUGUUAAUCUUUCCUGCCCUAGGCCAAGGCCAUGUAAACUCCAUGCUUAAACUAGCUGAGCUUUUAGCCCUUGCCGGUCUAAAGGUUACCUUCCUAAAUUUCGAGUAUAUCCAUGAAAAUCUAUUUCGUUGUUCAGAUGUUCAAGCUCGUUUUGACAAAUAUCCUGGAUUCCAGUUCAAAACCAUACCAAAUUGUUGGCCACCAGGUCGCCGACCUGGAAAUACAUCAGAUACGUUGAGACAGUUAUUAGAGACAAUGAAAAUGCAGAGCACGCCAAUUUUCCAGAAGAUUGUAGUAGAGUGUAACAUUGCUGCACCAAUUAAUUGUAUCAUCGGAGAUAUGUUAAUGGGAUUUGUCUAUGAUGUUGCCAGUGAGGUUGGGAUUCCAGCUAUUCAAUUUCAUACCAUUAGUCCUUGUUCAGUCUGGACGUAUCUUUCUAUUCCUGACGUUCUUGAAGCACAAGAACUUCCUGUCAAAGGAAAAGAAGAUAUGGAUCGAUUGAUAACAAAAGUACCAGGCAUGGAAAACUUUCUCAGGCGUCGAGAUCUUCCAAAUUUUUGCCAAGAAGCUUCAGAUCCUAGCCUCUUAAUCAUCACAAAGGAGAUGAGAGAAUCCCAAGCACUCAUCCUCAACACAUUUGAAGAACUAGAUAAAGAAAUACUUGCACAAAUUCGCACUCACUACCCAAAAACCUACACCAUUGGACCCCUCCACAUGCUCUUGAAAUCAAGACUAACAAGCAUCAAGAAGCAUGCAACCUCCAACAGUAUCGUGGAAAUGGAUAGAAGCUGUAUAAAUUGGUUGGAUAAGCAACCAAAGCGUUCUGUGCUCUUCGUGAGCUUUGGUAGUACUACAUUAAUGACAAGAGACCAAAUGAUGGAAUUCUGGCAUGGUAUUGUUAAUAGCAAGAUAAUGUUUUUGUGGGUUCUAAGGCCUCAGUCUAUCACUGCUAAAGAUGGUGAUGAUCUUGAAAGAUUUCUUGAUGAGUUUGAGGUUGGGCCUAAGGAAAGUGGGUAUAUUGUGAGAUGGGCACCUCAGGAAGAGGUUUUAGGGCACAAGGCAACUGGUGGAUUUUUGACACAUAGUGGAUGGAACUCAACUUUGGAAAGUAUAGCCGCUGGUGUGCCUAUGAUUUGUUGGCCUUAUUUUGGUGAUCAGCAAGUGAACAGUAGGUUUGUGAGUGAGGUUUGGAAGGUGGGCUUGGACAUGAAGGAUGUGUGUGACAGAGAGAUUGUUGAGAAGAUGGUGAUUGAUCUGAUGGUGAAUAGGAGGGAGGAGUUUGUGAGAUCAUCGACUAGGAUGACAGAAGCGGCAAAAAACAGUGUGAAAGAUGGUGGAUCUUCUUCUUGUAAUUUGGAAAGUUUGAUGAAAGAUAUAAGGUUGAUGAACAUGCACUGACACCGUAAAUUACCACAAAUGUGUUCACAAUUCCUGUGUACUUUGUCGCUUACUUUUAUUUACACUCUCUAGAUUAUAAUUUCUUGCUAUUAGCUUGAAUUAUUUAUCUCGUUUAUUUUCUUUUAAACUUUAAUCUUUUCUUUUAUCAA